AUGAACAACGACGAGGUCGCGAAUAUACACAGCGCUUCCGAGACGGAGAAAAAGAUUCACUCGGCUCCGGAGGAUUAUGCAGAUGAUCGGGAUUUGGACGCUGAGGAAAAACAUAGCAAUGGAGAGUCUCAUCAAUUACCGGAGUUGCAGCGGAGGUUGAAAAGCAGACAUCUGCAGAUGAUCGCGAUGGGUGGUGCCAUUGGGACGGGCUUAUUCAUUGGUACCGGAACUGCAAUCUCGACUGCUGGUCCAGUCGGUGCGUUAAUCGCCUAUACUUUCGUUGGAUCAAUUGUUUAUUCAGUCAUGACUGCACUGGGCGAGGUCGCUACUUACCUGCCCAUCCCUGGAGCCUUCGCCACAUACGCAAACCGCAUAGUAGACCCCAGUCUGGGCUUUGCCAUGGGCUGGAUCUACUGGUUCUCAUGGGCCUCGACGUUCGCUCUUGAAUUGACAGCAACUGGUCUCAUCAUCCAAUUUUGGGACGAGAGCAUUCCAAUGGCUGCUUUCAUUGCCAUUUUCUGGGUCGUGAUUAUCAUUCUCAACAUGUUCCCGGUCAGCUGCUAUGGUGAGAUUGAAUUUUGGCUCUCCAGUAUCAAGAUCGUCACCGUGGUUGGGUUCAUGAUUUUCGCCAUCUGCAUGAACGCUGGCGUGGGUAAAGAAGGAUAUAUUGGGUUUAGGUAUUGGAUUCACCCAGGUCCCUUUAUCCCCUAUUUGCUGGAGAACCCUCGCCAAGACGCAUUGGCGAAAUUUGUCGGAUUCUGGGCAAUUCUGAUCAAGGCCGGGUUCUCCUAUCAGGGAACUGAGCUUGUUGGUAUCGCUGCUGGUGAAACCGCCAACCCGCGCAAGAAUGUGCCUUCGGCAAUUCGGAAGACCUUCUUCCGAAUCGUGUUCUUCUUCAUUUUCACUGUCUUUUUCGUCGGCAUCGUUGUCCCAUCUGAUGACGAGCGUCUGACUUCGGAUAGCAGCGGCGCUGAUGCGAACGCGUCUCCGUUCGUUAUCGCCGCACGACGAGCUGGCGUCAACGCCUUACCCAGCAUCAUCAACGCAGUCUUACUGACUGUCGUUCUCUCGGCUGCCAAUUCCAAUGUGUACAGCGGAAGUCGAAUUCUAGUCGGACUAGCGAAUGAAGGCUUCGCGCCUCGUAUCUUUGCCAAAACAACCAAACACGGUGUUCCAUUCGCGAGUGUGGGUUUCACCGCGCUUUUCGGUCUUCUGGGCUUCCUCAACGUGUCAAAUGCCGGGGCUACCGUGUUCAACUGGUUAAUGCAGAUUGCCGGCUUGGCGGGCUUCAUUACCUGGGCCUCGCUUAACAUUAUUCAUCUGGGCUUUAUGCGCGCUUUGAAAGCGCGCGGCAUAUCACGCGAUACCCUUCCUUAUAAGGGAACCUGGCAACCGUUUUUCUCCUGGUAUGGUCUGUUCUUCAACGUCCUUAUUAUCAUCACUCAAGGCUUUACUGCGUUCAUCCCGACUUUCAGCGUCACGGACUUCUUCAUCAACUAUCUCAGUCUCAUCCUCUUUGCGGUCUUAUACAUUGGCCACAAAAUUGCUUUCCGUACAGAAUUCGUGAAGCCCAUUGAGGCGAACAUCGAUACCGGUCGAUGUGAAGACUGA